ACAAACGGCAAAAUAUUGAGUUUUCGCGUAACUUUGUCUUUGGAAACUCGAGAACCUGAUUAAAUAUGGAGGAAAAAGUCCGGUCACCACCUGUUGAUAGGUACAAUUUGGCUUACGUUUUCCUGUUUUUGCACGGUAUCGGAUUUCUGAUACCAUGGAACGUCUUUAUUAAUGGCUAUGAGUAUUUUGAUUACAAGUUAAAUACAACAACGAGCUAUAAUGCGGACUAUCGUAUCAAUCUUCUAAGCUAUUUUGGUUUUGCUGCUCAGUUCCCUAGUUUGUGUUUUGCUGCAUGGAAUACAUUUUAUCAAAGUGGCUCUACGACCUCAACUCCACGAUUUCGAUUUUUGGGAUGUAUGAUCGUCGAGAUUAUUGUCCUUGUACUAACUAUUAUUUUGGCCCUGAUUGAUACUUCGAACAUUCCAGGAACAUUUUUCCUUAUAACGAUUAUAUGUGUAGUGAUCAUUAAUAGUUGUGUUGGAAUUCACCAAACUUUAACAUUCGGCAUAGCUGCAUUGCUACCCAUGAAGUAUUCAAACGCAGUGAUAGUAGGAUCCAAUGCAUGUGGUGCAAUAAUUUCAUUAGUGAAUAUUAUUACGAAAUCACUAACUUUAAGUGCAGUUAAAUCGCAAACGUCAAUAAUUAUUUCUGCUGUUAUUUUCUUCUUAUCUGCAGUAUUAAUUAUUAUAGCUUGCACAUUCACAUUCUUUUGGUUACAACGUUUAAGAUUUGUUCGUUAUUACUCUAAACUUCGUCAGUGUGACAAUCAUAAAAAUGAAUCAGAAAGAUCUCAUAAUACUAUCCAAAACCAUAUUAAUACUAAUAAUAAUAACAGUGAUAACAAUAAUGAAAGAAAAAUUUCUGCUCUUUUGAUACUACCAAAAGACUCAGAAGAAAGCCAACAAAUAUUAGAUCGUUAUAGUCCACAAAUUAGCAAAAGUGAAUUUGAUGAAAAUGAUUGGGAUGUGGAACAACCGGCUGAAAAAUUAUUAAAUUCAUCUUCCAAUAAAGAACCAUCAACAAUGGCCACUACGAAUACUCAUAUAACUGAUCAGUUGGUAACUGGUAAAGUAAAUGAUGGCAAUAAGGAACACUUAGUAAAAAAAUACCGUUCUGUACAGACUAGUGGUUGGUAUAUAUUUCGAAAUUGUUUUGGUCUAUGUUGUUUUAAACCACCUAGUGGUAAACAACGCUGUUUAGACUAUUGGUCAAAAUAUAGUUUAACUAUGAAAGAAUGUUGGAGCCAGUGUGCAAACAUUUGGUGUGUAUUCUCUUGUACACUAUCCAUAUUUCCGGCAGUUCAGUCACGUGUUAGACCAGUAAAUCCAGAAUAUUUUAUUCCACCUCUCUGGUUUGUUGAUGUGACUUGUUUCUUAUUUUUCAAUGUAUUUGCAAUGUUGGGAUGUAUUCUAUGUAACUGGAUACAAUUUCCAGGACCGCGUUAUCUAUGGAUUCCUGUAUUGUUACGUACUAUUAUCUUCAUCCCAUUCUUUUUAUCCUGUAAUUUCGGGAUUGAAAAUCCUCAUCUAUCUGUUCUAAUUACAAAUGAUCACAUAUAUGUAUUAGGUUGUAUUUUAUUUGCAUUCAGCAAUGGACAUCUUGCAUCACUCGGUUUAAUGUAUGCACCAAGAUGUUGUUCACCUGAUCGAGCUCCAUUAGCUGGAAUGUUUGGUGCAUUCUUUUUAAUUCUUGGAGUAUUCACUGGAGUUUACGCUUCUCGAGGUCUAAAUAGUCUUAUAUAUUAAUAAAUUACUAUUAAAGUCUAAAUAGGUCUAAUUAUUAAAAAAAAACUUGUUGUAUAUGAUCGUUGAUGCACUCUAUAAUAAAUAUCUUUUAUGUCAAUAGUUAUACCUUUUCUUUAUUAUAUUACAUUGAAUUCUUUAGAAAAGUGAAACAAUUAUCCAUAAUUAAUAGUGAUAAUUAUUUUUAAUUGGUUACUAUAACGCAACAUCCCUAUUGUCAUUUUACAUAAUAUUUAAAUUUACCACCACCACCACCACCAACAACAACAACAAAUUCUUAACAGCGCCCUUUUUCUUACCUGUGACAAUUAAAAAACUUUUUUAUUACAUUUUAAAUAAUAAAAAAACAACACUGGGGCCAUUAUUAUUGCAUUUUCAUUUUAUUUGUUGCAUAUUGAGUAUGUUUUAUAACUUUUGAUUGAUAAAAUUAUAAAUCUUAAUUGUAGUUUAACAUUUAUUAAAUUUUAAUGAAUAAAAUUUAUUGGUGAACUAA